ACUUCACUGCGCGUACACUCCCCACGGGUACACGCGGUCGACCAACCUAAGCUUAUCGCACGGUCGUCGCGCAAACUCCACUCCGGCAGCCGGUGGAGAAGCGCGUCGCUAUCGAUCGUGACACCGUCAGUGCGUCGUCGAGGUCCGCCGUGUACACCUCACACACCAGGAGCAGCAGUUCGCGCUUGCGCGAGCGAAUGAUACGCGGGACCCAUCCCAACGGGGGAAAACAAAACCUCACCAUGGUCCAAUACUACAUCCGGGAAUCGAUCCAGUUCGCGGUGUCGUACGCGCUCUGUCUGUUCUACAGUUUGCGCGUGCUGUUCGGCAUUCUGGUGCUGUUCGUGACGAAGCCGUACACUAGAUUUUGGGUCCGCAAGGAACGUCAGGUUGCGCCCGACUGCUUGAAGAACCACGAGUACGGUGUGGACAAGUAUCAGAAUGCGAACGGCAUCCGGAUACAUUACGUGGAAAAUGGGGAUCGUUCGAAGCCGCUCAUGGUGUUCGUGCACGGGUUCCCCGAGUUUUGGUACUCGUGGCGCUAUCAGCUGAAGGAGUUCUCCAAGGAUUACUGGGUUGUGGCGUUGGAUAUGCGUGGCUACGGUGAAACCGAAAAGCCUGAGUACCGGUAUGCCUACCGAAUCGACAACAUGACCGAGGACAUACGGUGCCUGGUGCGAGCAUUAGGACGCCAAAAGUUUACUCUCGUUGCACACGACUGGGGUGCAGUGAUUGGAUGGCACUUUAUAACGAAGCACAUGGACAUGAUCGAGCGGUACAUCAUGAUGGAUGCUCCGUCCCAGAAGGUAGCUCGUAAGCUUUUCUCCACCAGCAAAGAACAGUUCAAAAUGUCUUGGUACAUCUUCUUCUACCAAAUGCCCUGGCUACCGGAGUUCUUCGUACGCAUGAUGGACUUCCACAUCUUCAAGGUGAUCUUCAAAGAGCACGGCGGUCCGGAGGUGGUCGAAGCGUUCAAGUACACCUUCUCCAAACCGAACGGUAUGACGUACCCGAUCAACUACUACCGUGAGAAUUUCCGAUUCUUCACGAGAAAGCUAACACCGCCCAAACCGAGCACGUAUGCGCCGGGGCUGUAUCUUCUCGGCGAGAAUGACCUUUACAUCUCGAAGGAAACGGGACCGCUGAUGCAGCAAGAGUUUGAAAAUCUGGAGUUCCGAAUUGUGCCCGGUGUGGACCAUUUCCUGCAGCAGCACAAACCGGACGUGGUUAACCAGUACAUGCGCGAGUUCCUGUCCAAGAAGUAGUGUAAGAGCUGUUUUCUAAUGCUUUUUUGGAAUGAGUUUUGUUAUAAAAAUAUU